UGUAAACCUGCAAAGAAUUCCCUCGAAUAAAUAAAGUCUGCAAGGAAAGGGGAGAAAAAAACGUAGGAAGCAUCGGGAGGAGGCAUGGCCGGACGACAAUACCUUUCAGCGCCCGACGCCAUUACACUCCGGGAAGCCUCUCAUUCGAGGGCAAAACCUACAAUUGCCGACGCACGCCUCCUCCACCGUGUCGCUCAACCAUCAUCGGCCGCUCUAGAAGACCGAAUUGCAAUCCAGCACCGCGAGAUCCAAUCCCUACUUGUCGACAACCAACGGCUCGCAGCUACCCACGUGGCGCUCAAACAAGAGCUCUCCGCCACGCAGCAGGACCUUCGGGUUUUAUCGGCGGCUGCAGCAAGCACCAAGGCCGAGAAAGACGCUCAGGUGCGAGAUGUCUACGAGAGGUCGUUGAGCAUGGAGGCUGAGGCGCGUAAGGUCGAAGACGUGGCCGCCGAGCUGGCUCAGGUGCGGCUCGACGUCCAGACACUCAGCGCGAGUCGGAAGGAGCUCGUUGUACAGUUGCAGGCCGUCGAAGAUGACCUUGCCAAAGCUCGCCUUGAUUCUAAGCCAGUCUUGGCUGUCAAGGCUGACAUUGAAGGCGUGAACCGGGAGAUUCAAAGAGGAAGGGAUGCAAUCGAACAGGAGAAGAAAACCCGUGUCCAUAACUCUAAGCAUCGUCAGAUAAUGGAGAAACAUAUGGCUUCCAUGGCUAGUGAAAUAGAGAAACUGCAAAUUGAGCUGGCUAAUGCAGAAAGGCGAGCAAGGGCUUCAGUUGCAGCCACUGUAGCAAACCCAAGUAAGUUAAUUCCAGAUAAUCGUUUCCUCUUGAGCUGUAAUCAUUUUCAAAAUUCAACUACACUUGAGGGUCUUUGUUUUUUUUUUUUCCUUCUCCUUUUCAAAUUGGUCUUCAAUUAUAAGUUUUUUAAUUUAGAUGCAGGGUAUGGUGCAAUCUCUGGAAGCACUGAAAUGGUCUAUGGAGGACAAUCAUAUCCCAACCCUUAUAGCAUGCAUCGGGUAUGGCCUUAGAAUUUCAUCAUUCUCUUUCAAUUAUAAGAUGUUUAGGGAAAUGUGGUUUCCUAAUUGUUAGAUUUACACCAUGGGAAGAAAGAUAUAAGACUAUUAGCAUCUUCACCAAGAAGUACACGGCCACACAUGUUUGAUAUUCUCUAAUAAGAAAAUAAUAGGUGAUCACCUUAUAUGUCAUUACAUACUUGUCCUUAGUAUCAUCCAGAUAGAUCCUAUAAACAGUACAUAACAUGUUUCACAAAAUUAUAUAUUAUGAGCACACAGUGGUGCGGUGGAACCCCUAAUGAUUGUAGGGAACGCACACUAAUGAGGGUUUUUGGUUAGAGGAACAAAAACACAUGAAUAUGUAUAAGAACAAAAUGGAAUAAAAUAUAAUGUGCAUAAAAAAAUUAUUAUUUUAUUUUUUAUCUAGUAUUGGAAUGGUAUUUCUUCUUAUUUUUUAAGCAGAAUAUUCAUUCCACCGAAAUAAUAGAAAAAUCAUUCUACAAAUGACAUUCUAAUAAUUUAAAAUGCAACUAAAUAAAAGAAUAAAAUGAAACAUUUAGAAUAUUUUAUAUUUGAAUUUGAAAUACAAUUAAAAAUAAACUAAUAUUUUAGAAGAUAUUUUGUUACUCCAGUACUGUUAUAGUCUUCUGGUUGCCUAUAAUUUCUUAAGGCAGCUUAAUGUAGCAGGUGACAAGCAACAAGUGAUAGGUCUAGCUCGUAGUUCUUAGGUAGCACAUUGAAGUUUUUAUUGAGAAUGGUGAGGUCCUUAGAGAGUAGAGAGCAAGAAGCUCGUUACUAUGGAGCAUGUAUUCAUGUUGUCACUUUGUCAUUACCACCUAAUAUUAUGAGAUACUUGAUCACUUUCUUAGACGGUAUAUCAGUUUUCUAGACAGUGUUUGUUGUCUUUAUAAGUUAACUGACAUGUGUUGUCGGAACGAGUUCAUUCAUAUAGUCGAGUUUUUAAUCAGCUUAACAAUUGUCUCUAGCUUUUGAGUCCGUUAAAGUAGAGCUACAAGUUCUGUGCAUAAUAUACAUGUUGAUCUUAUGAGGUAUUUAUCAGUUGUAUAUACUUUACAACCUAAAGCUAAUGGAAGAUAUUGUUGCAGUUCAGGUGUACAGUUAUUAAUAAGUGGUGUAAAAAUGUUACUGACGGAGUGCUCUCUUGACAUAAUCCUCCAAUGAUGAAAUUUAUAGAAGACACAAUAAUCAUCUUAACCCUACAAGUAGUUUUGAAUGAACAACUUAGAUAUUUUCUACACUUAAUGAUUUAUAAUAGACAGAAUAAUCAUCUUAACCCUACAAGUACAUUAGAUUGUGAAUUAUGCGAUUCAGAAACACCACAUGAGAUUAACAAGUCUACUAGGCACAAAAGUUUUAGCUUUACUUCAUGGUCUUUAAAGCUAGAGCAAUUACUAUGUUAGUCAACUCAUGAGGUCAGCGAGUAUUAGUCUAGAAAAUUGAUAUUUAAUCUCAAUAAGUGAUUUAACAUUUAAGUGUCUAACAUAUAACUAGAUAAAAAAUUGAUUUUCAAUCUCAAUAAGUGAUUUAAGUGUCUUAACAUAUAACUAGAUAAAUGUGAGGUGACUAAUGGAUAGUUUGUUAUGAGGGUUUGAUUUUUUGGAAAUGAGAAUUUAAAAUCAAAUUUAUGUUUAGUAUGAUUUAAGUGAAGAAUUUAUAUUUGUGUGGGUCCAACUUUGAAGUUUAUUUUUAGGUAAACUCAAAUUAACACUUUGAGAUACCCAAACACCCCAUAAGUGAUGAAAAGCUAACUAGAAAGCUACAACCUUCUACAUUAGGAAUGCUCCCCAAGGACCUACUCCUUGCAUACGAUAUAUACUCUUAAGAAUUUCGAGAUGUUACCUAAGAAUUACGAGCUAGAUUUGUUGCCUAUUUGUCACGUGUAACACUUGGAAAUUUGAACAAGAAAAAAAAAAGGAACAGAAGAGAUAAUGUAAUAUUAUUUGUAUGUUGAAUUUGAAUUAUAUUAUUUUGUAUUUUUUUUUUAAAUGGAAUAUUAUUUUGUAUUUAAAUAGAUAUGGUCGCAUUUGAAAGUGAUUAAUCUUGUUAUUUUAAAUUAGAAUCAGUCGACACUUUCUGAAAACAUGAUGGGAAAAAUAACCAUUGUAAAGUGGCUUUUGUUUUCUCUUUCAAAAAAAUAAAAAAUAAAAAAAUAUAUAUAAAUAUAAUAAGCUUUUGAUAUUUCCACGAUUCUCUCAAGUGUGUUUUCUCCUAAAAUUAGUUUUUUAAGUUAUGUGUAAGAAUCAGAAGUACAGAUGCUUAUAAUGUGUUUAUUUCGCUUUAGAAUCACAAUAAAUUAUUUACUUGUUUUAAAAAUUAUCUAAAUUAAAAUUAUAUUUUUAAUAUUAAACU